AUGAAACUAAUAAGUCAAGUUGAUUUUGAAAACUGCGAUCCCAAAACGUGCCUAUCUAUGUUGAAAAUGCCAUCUCUUAAAAUGUACGUAGCCUUGAACAAGAAACUGAAAUCCUGUCGUCAGAGCGUGUGGAUGAAAGAGUUUUUAGAGCUGGGAGGAUUGGCUAUUUUACUGGAAGGUGUCAACACGAUAACAGGCAAAAAGGUGCAACUUUCUGAUGCUCUGGUGCUAAUCGAGUACGUGGCAUGCAUCAAAACUGUAAUGAACUCAUCCAUAGGUCUCAGAGUCAUCACCAAUAAUAAGGAGUACAGUCAAAAAUUGAUCAAAGCACUUGAUUCCAACAACACGACCGUCAAGAAGCAAAUCUUUGACUUGCUGUCGGGCUUGCGCCUCUCGUCAGAGAAAGGGUUUGAGUGCUGCAUUGAAGCUGUCAACUCGUACAAGACAAUUUCAAGCAACCAAUACCUUUUCAAUUUUAUGAUGAACGAGCUGAAAAAUCAUUCAGUCUCCGAUUACUCCUGCUCCAUCAUGUCUUUCAUCAACUGCAUAAUACAUGGUGUCGACGAUCUUGCAGAAAGAAUGAAAAUCAAAAAGGAAUUCAUUGGGUUGAACCUGUUGGACAUGAUCUGCGGUUCGUCAAUCACGAGAACCUCCAGAUACAGUUCGACGUCUUCACUGAUGAAAUGA